AUGGAAAAGGUGAAGAGAAAUGUGAGUGAGAAAAUGAUGCUGCAAAAGCAGAUAAAGAAUAAGAAAGGCGAUGACAAAAAGAACAGGUUCUUGAUAAGUAUCAAUUUUCUUGGCAGUUCAGGGCCUAUAAGGUUUGUGGUUAAUGGGGAUGAUCUUGUUUCUGGGAUCAUUGACACUGCUCUGAAGAUUUAUGCUCGUGAAGACCGGCUACCAGUUCUUGGCUUCGAUGUCAAUAACUUCCUUCUCUACUGUGCAAAUGCAUCUUCAGAUGCGUUGGAUCCAUGGGAACCUAUAGGUUGUAAAGAGGGAAGGAAUUUUGUGCUGUGCAAGAAACAGUUGAAGACGCAAAUGACAGAAGUGAGGUCUGUGGAUCAGUCUGAUAUUUUUGUGCUUUUCUCUUGGGAAAUAAUGGAACAAGUUCACGAGGCAAGGGAUGUCUCUCGAGGCCUCAACCCUACCUUAGCUAGCUAG